CUCAGCUCGCGGAAACAGGAGCUCGUAGCUUCCCAGAGAUAUGCUUGUAGCAAGCGGAUACACGAGCUUUCAGCUCCCGGUUCGCGGCUCUCAGCUCGCUGACACACGGGCUCGCGGCUCACAGCUCGCUGACACACAGGCUCGCGGCUCUCAGCUCGCGGACACACUGGCUCGUAGCUUCCCGGAGAUAUGCUAGUAGCUCGCGGACGCACAAGCUCCCGGCUCUUAGCUCGCGGAAACACGGGCUCGUAGCUUCCCGGAGAUAUGCUAGUAGCUCGCGGACGCACAAGCUCCCGGCUCUUAGCUCGCGGAAACACGGGCUCGUAGCUUCCCGGAGAUAUGCUAGUAGCUCGCGGACACACGGGCUCGUAGCUUCCCGGAGAUAGGCUCGUAGCACGCAGACACACCGGCUCUCACCUGUACAGAGAAACCCACGAGCCACAGACACCCGGGCUCUCGUGCCGACUUCAAAAUCUCGGCUACCGACAAAAGCCGAACAACAACCGAUAAAGAAUCAGAUACCGCUGCCCCGCCCCCUUGUUGCUCUUUAUUAAAGAGCCAGGUGAGCCAGGUGAGCCAGCUUCACAGAGCCCGUGCAACUGAUGAUUGAGAACGAAGGGAGUCUCUCCGUCAGUCAACCCAUCAACCUUCACAACGACAGAAAAUACACAAGGGAGAAGAUGAUCUGCUGCAUCCUGCUGCUCCUCACACUCACCUCCUGUGUCUGUGGAACAUUUGUAGUGAAUGUGACACAGAGCUCCUAUCAGGCAGAGGAGAACCACAACAUCACACUGGAGUGGAGCUUCACAACCAAACCUCACACUCCACCUGACUUCCUUAAUAUCUUCUGUGAACUGAUCACUGAUCUCAGAGACUCAGUCCUGUAUCAGCUACGUGAGGGUGUCGAGUCCCCAGAGUCUCAGGAUGAACAGUUUUCAGGACGAGUCCAGUGUGACAAAGACGUCCUCAGAGAAGGACGAAUCAGACUUCAUGUGUCCAGACUGAGGACUGAGGACUCAGGACUGUACGAGUGUACGGUCCUCACCUCUGAUGGGAGGAGCUCUGGUAAAUGUCGACUCAACGUCUCUGCUGUUGAUCAGCCUGAAACUCAGAGACCAACUGAGAGACCAGAACCAGAGAGUCGGGGAAGGAUCGGCCUCUACGCUGGACUGGGACUGACAGCAGCAGCAGCAGCAGCUCUACUGGUCAAACUCUGCUGUUCCUCAAGUCCUUGUUUCACUAAAUCUCCUGAUGAGACAGUAAACCUUUAUUCAGAGGUGUAAGAGUGACGUUCCUCAGAGAGCAGACGUCUCUCUGUCUCUGCUUCCUGUCACCCUGUUGGUCCAUGAGGCUGCUUUUCUCUGCACACCCAGUCUGACCUCUGACCUUUCACCUCUGUCACUGUCUCCAUGCGCCGAGAGAGACAAACAGAUCUUCUCCUGACUGAAGACCUCUCCUCUCUACGACCAAAGAUUCAGCUGUUUGCAGCCGACUGAGAGACGGCCGAGCUUCGUGCUGCCUUCAGGAUCCUCCCUGAGCUGUGGAACAAUGUCUCUGUCCCUGCAUCACUGUGCUAAAGAGGAUGAAGCUCUAAACAGUCACAGUACUUUAACUUUCCUCACUGUAUCACAGCUUAUAAUUAUAUCUUAAUCCUCUGUGCAUUGUAACAGAGUCAUCAAUAAUCAACUUUCAUCAUGUAAAGUUUAUAAUGUGAAUUUACUGUA